AAUGUAAGCUGAAUUCAGCUAACUUUAUUACAAUGAACACCCAAUGUAACGAAAAUGGGUAUCAAGUUAUAUAUAUUUAAUGUUAUUUGACAUCGUUUAAAUCCAUUUAAGAACAAAGAGUGUAUUCACAUAGUUGAAGUUGAAUAUUUGGCCCUUGGGGUCUUGAACGCAACGAGUCCGGUCCAACAUGGCGGCGCAGCGCAGGACUAUGAUGCAGAGCCAUCAGAGCUGGACAGAUGACCUGCCCCUGUGUCAGAUGUGUGGAGUUGGUAGAGCACCCAACUGUGUGUAUGGUCCUGAUGGUAAAGGAACUCAGAGCCAUCUCAUGGAAGAUGGACACCUCAUGUUGAGAGGAGAGGAUGGCUGUUUCCUGUAUGGGGUUUUUAACGGUUAUGAUGGCAGCAGAGUGGCCAGCUUUGCUACCCAAUGUCUGACAGCUGAACUUCUGCUCGGGCAGCUAAACUCCAGUCACACUGACAACGAUGUCCGCAGGAUUCUCACACAGGCCUUUGAUGUGGUGGAAAAAAGCUACUUUGACACAAUAGAUGAUGCUCUGGCUGAGAAAGCUCACCUGUCCAACUACCUCCUGCCACACAAUGAGAAUAUGUCAUUCCACCAGCUCUCUUCUCAGGGUCAGAAGGUGCAGGAGCGACUGAAGGAGCUGGAGCAGGAGGUUUCUGGAGGCACUACGGCAGUGGUGGCAUUGAUUCUCAACAACAAGCUCUAUGUUGCAAACGUUGGUACCAACCGAGUCCUGCUUUGCAAGUCCAGCAGCGAUGGCCAGAACCAGGUUCUUCAGAUUGGUCGGCCACACAGUACUGACAAUGAGGAUGAGCUGCAGAGACUGGCUGCUCUGGGUUUGGAUUCAGCUCGCGUAAGACAAGCAGGGCAGAUAGCUGGACAGAGCAGCACCAGGAGGCUUGGAGACUACAGGGUCAAAUUUAACUACAAUGAAAUUGACCUACUCAGUUCGGCCAAGUCGAUGCCAGUCAUCGCUGAGCCGGAGAUUCACGGCAGCCACUCUUUGGAUGGCGUAACAGGCUUCCUGUUGCUGAUGUCAGAGGGUUUGAUAAAUGCCCUCGAGUCUGCUCAUGGUCCCGAACAGGUCAAUCAGGAAAUUGUUGCCAUGGUAGCAGCAGAGCUGGCCCAGCAGACCAGUCUUGAGGCAGUGGCCCAGUCUGUGGUGGAGCGGGUCAAGCGGCUUCACCAUGACGUCUACGUGUCUGGCCGUCAGAGGGCGGCCUACUGUUCUCGUCACGAGGACAUGACACUGCUCAUCCGCACACUCAAUUACCCACUAGCAGAUGCUGUGCUCACACCCACACAGGGUGGUCGUAUCUAUCCUGUGUCGGUGCCAUACUCAAACAGCCAGAGUACCAGUAAAACCAGUGUCACCCUCUCACUGGUAAUGCCCUCCCAAAGUACCCUCACCAAUGGAACUAACACAGCCUCUACCCUGGAGGAAGGCACCCCCACACCAGGUCAGAGCCCCACGGCCACCCUCCAGUCCACCAACACACAGACUCAGAGCUCCAGCUCCAGCUCAGGGGACGGAAGCCUGUUCCGCCAAAGAGGGAGUCAAGCAGCGCAGCCUGAUGAGACGGGCAGGGUCCCACCCUACGUGGACUUCAGUCAGUUUUACCGACUGUGGGGAGGCGACCACAGUGAUGGCCAGAGCACCCAGGGAGGCCUUGGACCCCAGUGAUGUUGGAACUACUCCAGCCUGGAUUAUCUGGUGGAAAGUACAUGAACUGUGAAGAAGCAGAUUAUCAAGUGGUUGAAGAGAUGGAUCAUAUGCUAUUAAUGUUUUAUACCAGAAAAUAAAUGACCUGAAGUUGCAUGUUGGUAUAUCUUGAAAAGACUGGGCUUCAACAUCUUACACUGGGGUGCAACCAGUAAAACUGAGGAAAUGAUGUCAUCACAUGUUUGCAUUGUUUCUUCUUCUAUUGUAGACAGACGGUCAUGACUCAAUAUAUAUAAUCCAGAUUGUAGAAAUUACUGUCAAAUAUAAAAACAGGACUUUUAAGUUUGUGAAGUUGUGAAAGAUUACACACUGCAAGGCCUUAAAUGUAAUGAAUGAAUGAAUAUGUUUGAAAGUGCUUUUUUUUAUUUGUAACAAAAAUACAGUAUAUCUCUAGAUUAAUCCAUAAGUUGUCUGAGCGUCUCUUCAUGUUAACAUUCUUGACAACAGCCCCACCCCCAACUCCAGUACAAAUCACUUUGUACCAUUG